AUGGAGAUGGUGGGGCCCGCAUCUUCAUCGGGUUCAUCAGCCAUAUCGGGGCUUGGUAUCACCUUUUGUCCAUCACCUGAUCCUUCGGCCCUUCGAGACCACCUUGCCAACAAUCCACCCGCCGUCUUCGUCGCUCAACAAUAUCCCGAUGCUCGAUCGCAUGCGUCAUUGCAGGACCCCCGGCUCACCCAGCCGCAAUUCAAGCGCAUCGUGAGAGGAUCGGUAUCUUAUGAUGGAGGUAUGAAUCAGUAUUACCUCCAAACCGGUUCCCAGGCUGCGCAGGUCAUGAUACGCGAGGACUCUGGCGACUCAAGUGCCGGCUCAGCUCCCUCCUAUCACCGACAUCAGCAUCCGAGGCCCAACGCCAUCCCUAUCCACCAUCAGCAAUAUCAUCAGAAACAGAAACAAUUGCAUCAACCAAAUCACCUUCCCAGCAUGCAUGGGCUUCACGCCCCCCAGGUCUCGGCCCAAUAUCUGUCGCCCAUGUCCGAAUUUGAAGCUUCGGAUUCCGACUCACAAUUGUUCUCUCCUUCGUCGCUGUCGUCGCUUCCCUCGUCUUCGGGCUUGGAGUAUACAGCAAGAUACGAUCAGGGGUACUCGAUGCACCCACAACUCCGGCAUGCCCAGAGCAUGUCGGCGCUACCAUUCUCAGCACCGUGGCUACCACCCCACGUCGUUGAGCUUCGAGCGGCGCCGAAUCCUGUGCCGAUCAAACAGCAUGUGCCCUACCUGCGGGCUCAUCCCAGGCAUGAUAUGGAAAUGGAGCAUGGCCACGAGGCCGAGAUUUAUCCUGGGUCCCGAUCCCCGUCUCGCUUGCCGCAGUUCUUGCAGGAGCGUAUCCGACGACAGGCGAUGACUCGCGCGCAAUCAAUGGUCGAACUCGGCAAGAGGUACGCGCAGCAAGAGCCCUCCCACCUCAACCCCAACGAAGCCAUCGAUGAGGAAGAGCGGCAUGAGUUUGAAGGGAAUGCUUCGCCCGAAAGUGUGCCCAGCAGCGCCGGUGGCCUGCAGCGUCGACACCUCGAGCGCCGUCUGAAGGAGCAACACGACUACAUCGUUGCACAAACUGAGCGGGAGCGAUCACAUCGCCUGUCAACUGCCGUCGUCGACGAUGACGACAGAGGUCCACCCGUUCCGCGUCGACCCACAAGUUUCAAAACGCAAGCGAAUCGACUGCGAUCCAAGUCGAUGUCGGCGACGGAUCGCCUCCCGAGCGGGGAAGUCGAAGCUGUGGUCGAGAAGCUGAAGCAACAGAAGAUUUCGGACUUGCGCAAGUCGGACAUGGGUGCCCGUCGGCGAUCUCUCGAAGAUUCUGAUGCGACCGAUGCGUCACGAGCAGGUGUAGGAACGGUUUCCUCGGCGGAACGAGAAGAUGUCACGACGGCAACAGUGAUGGAAGACAGCCUGGAGUCGACUGCCGUGAGUCUCCAACGACAGGGGACCUUGAUGACCGCCGGAGCGAAUCCGUUCCGCCGGAGUAUGGAGCUGGAUCGCUUGCUCGCGCCAGGCUCUAAACGAGCAGCGCCCAUCCCACAUCUUGCCACCAUUGCCGACUCGCCGGCCCUCUCCAGCGGCCUCACCACGUCGAGUGCUGCGUCUCCGGCUUGGCCUCGUGCCCGGUCCAAUACGUCAAGUUCUGCAUUGGUUGUCGAUGCUCCAGCGGAAUUUGAGCAAGGCCUCAAGAGCUCGACCAAGACGCCCCGAGUAGAGCUUGACUUGCUCAUCAAUUCGUCGCUCCUCGUCGAAGGCGGACUAAUGAAAGGACGAGUCGAUGUGCGUGUGCGUCGAAACGAGGUUUAUAUCAGCAAGCCCAAGGUCCGCGUUGUUGGCUUCGAAGGUGAGUCAAACUGCUGUAGUGGCCAAACCGUACCUUGCACUAGACCCGCUCAUACCCGCUUGUCUGCUUUCGAACAGAGCUGGCCUGUGGAGAAGCACGGCACGUCUUUUACCACCAUGCCGCCCACAUCGAGUCUACAACGAUCGCGAAGGACCGAUCGUUGCCCUUCUGCGACCCCUUGGGCGACGACGAGGGCUUCCACAAGGGGCGACUGGGCGAGCAUGCGGUUCCGUUCGCUAUGAGCUUGCCCGUUGGGAAGGGCGCAAAAGGCGGCUGGAAGUGCAAACAAGGCGUAGUCCGCUACAUCGUCAUCGCCUCUGUCAAGCUCAAGUCCAAGCAUGGCUCUGAUCGUUCGAUCGCUCAUUUUUACCGACACGUCGACAUCUUCCCUUACUACAACCCAGCAAUCCUCCUGGCACCUUCACCAAAGCCCCACACGGCUAGAGCCUCAAAGAGUCUUUUCAUGGGUGGGAGUGGCAAGGUCAACCUGGAAGCGAGCCUUCACCGGCAGACAUGGGUCGCUGGACAACGAUGCUAUGUCGAAAUCAGAGUCGAGAACGAGUCCAACAGAAAGGUGAAGCCGCAGCUGGAUGAGAUUCCUGGCAAAUUCACACGGGAGAUAGAACUGACGAGAUCUGGUUCUGCCCCAGAUCAAAUCCCUGACACUGAGUCUCUUGCGGAAUACGGUCGUCUUGCGAUCGGGUGCUAAAGCCUCCACCUCCAGUGAAGGUUUCGCAGAGCUCCCGUUUCCAUCGCAAUCUACGCGGAAAAAGGUCGCCGAAACGACACUGGAGAUGGGCAAGAAGGGUUCCAAGGGAGUGACUGCGAAAGGAAAUUGGCUCGGCGUCGAAGCGGGUGAAACGGCUGAUUUCUCGCAUUCGCUCAUAAUUCCGGUAAGCCGAAGCGUCACAAGAAGAUCCAAUCACCUAGCUGGAAGAUUCUUACGUCAGAUGUUUUAAACAGAAUGACGAGCUUUCCAUUGCGCGUGGGCGACAUCUCGAGGUCAGCUUUGUGCUCAAGGUUGCCGCCGGGAGUUCGCUGUCCGGAGACGUGUCUGCCGAAAUUCCGAUCCGCAUCGUCAAUUUUGUCUCGCUCGACCCGCCUCCAGGCCAUCUUGGGUCUGCAUCUCCACUGCCACAAACAGAAGGACAGCCGCUAGCCAAGGACUGGGGUCUGAGCGAGACCUCUGCCGCGGCGCCUCGGGCAUCUACCGACGGGGCCAGACCAUCGGCGCACAAGAUGCCCAGCGUGGACUCCUUGCAGCUCUCGGAUCUGAUCGAAGGGCCAACAGCGACUCGCACCAUCGCCCGACCGCGGCUCUCUCGUGUCCCCUCGGUCGACUCGAUCGACACCGAAAGCCUGUCUCGAGCCCAGUCACCCAUACCGGACUUCCCUGCCCCACCUCAGGCCGAAGAGUCUGCCAAGGCCCCCGAACCCCCUGUCCGCCGAGGCCAAGUCAUUGUGGGCAAGGCUAUCGAACGCCAACUCACCCAUCAGAUGUCACUCGAAUGUAUCUCGUCAGCCAUCGCAUCCGCUACUGCUCGUCGCCCAGGACAUCAGCGCCAAGAGAGUGGUCUGCGCUCGGUCGAAUCCUACGCCGAGAUCGAGCGAUGGGAGGACACGGGCGACCUCGACCAAGACGAGCAAGAGAACGAGGAUCCUUACUACGCAGGUGGGGGCGAGAAACUUUUUGAUGGUCCUUCCGAUCCAUUCCAGGCGUCUCACAACACCCAGGAUGGCAUCCAACUCGACGAUCUCGACGAAGUCCCCGACGACAUGUACGGCCCGCUGGGCCAACUGCCAGACGCAUUCUCCUCAGAGGAAGAGCUCAAGGAGCUCAACGCGGUCAUGCACCAACAGAAACAGUCCCACUUUAGCGACGAUGACGACGAGCUGGACCACGAAGCGGAGGAUGUCGAGAACGAAGUCGCCGAGACUGCGCACUCAACUGCCGCGCAUCGUCCGGCUCGACCCCGCUCCGUCCUCGACCUCACGACGCAAGAGUCCAUCUUCCGCCAACCUGAAAGUCUGACCGAGCCAUCGACGAGAUCGAGAUCCCCAACCAAGCCCACGACUACCGCCGCAAGGACGUCUCAGACCUCCGACGUGUUCGCCUUUGCCACGCUCGAUUCCCCGAUCAAAGCGAAACUCGACGCGCCGACGGUCAUUGCACCGACACUAGCCUCCCCUCGGUCUCCGGUACGUCGCCAGCCGUCCAAAGCGGCUCUACAAGUUGCAGCCGAAUCCGAAACGAAAGCGACGCGAGGACCCCGACCCCUUCCUGUGCGACCGACAGCGACGAGCUCUACGCUCGCUAGUCCGACCAAGGCAUCCAUGGCACGGGCUGAGCUGAACAAGAAGGCUUCCAUGUCGUCGUUGAAGCGUUCUCCGGGCGUUGUUCGACGCGCAUCAAACAAAUCGUUGGCCGAGGCCUACGAAACGUCUUCGGUGGCGCCGGGGCAGGUCAAGGCACGCGUGUCGCUCGCACCCUCGCCGCGUACUAGUAUUGCGGACCAUCCCACCUCCUCGACCUCGGCUUUGCCGUCGCCUAGGAUCUCUGUUGUGGCUCCUAUUGACUCCCCUCGCUCGCGCCAUUCGACGAUGGCUCCGCCCCUUGUACCCCGCAAAGUGCGUCACUCCCCUUCAUCGCCGAAUCUUCGUUCGCCUCGCUCGAUGGGUGACCUUCGAGCCCCUGUGCUUUCUCGCCGAACCGGCGCCGCCACGGCCGUGCUACCUUCGGUGAGGAACAAGGUUGCCGCUCUUGAGACCCGUUCGGCGACCUUGCACGUCAUGGCCGGUACGGUGCAAGGUUCGUCCUUCCUCUCGCGCGACCCCGUGACGAAUGCCGGCGCGCACUCGUCGUCGAGGCUGCAGCGAGGGGACUCGAUCAGGUCCGAGGUCAGCGAUGCGACCACGGCCGGCUUCGCUGGACUGCAUCGGGCUGAGAGCUUGAUGUCUUUCAAGGCUCCUAUACUGAGGAGGAAGCAGUGA